AGGGGCGCGCCCGGAAGGGGUUGCCGUGGCAACCGCGGAGGCGGGGCCGUCCGACCACGUGACCAGUUCCCGAAGGACCCCGCGGGGCGGGGAGGCGCGCGCUGCCCCCGCCGCAGUUAUGGCCGCCAGGCUCGUGCCCGCCGUCAAGUUUGUCAUCAAAGGAGGCCUGGCUGGAGCUGCAGUUUAUGUGGCGUAUGAUCAGGGGCUUCUGGGCAGUAGCACACAAGGUGCUGAAGCCCUCAAAAAGGCUCAAGCAGCGCUGCCUCCAGCUAUCCAAGAGUGGACAAGUUACAUAGGCUGGGAGGAUGGCUUCUGUGCUUAUUUGCAAGCCUUUUCUGAAAACACCUUCAGCUUGAAUGUCCCAGGAGGGCUGGUGCUUCCAACAACUACAAACUGGGGAAGAACUGCUAUCCUGAAAAUGCCAAGCUUUGGAAGUAAUGUUAGAGCAAGUGAAAUGCAACGCAUAACAUUCUCCCCCAUGAUUCACAUUCCGGAAGGCAAGUAGUAUUACAAGUCCAAAAACUUUAAAUUUCAAGCUUUGAUACAUGCAACUGAAGUAUAUUAUGUCAUUCUUCAAGACACUGGACUAGAGCAUCUCUAAAGUAACUGGUUCCUUAGAAUGUGCCUGGAUAGAUCCCAGUAACUCUGCACUUACAGGAAAAGACAAGACCUGCCGGAGUUGUGGGAAUGGCGUUAGUACCCACGUACGCUCAUGCCUUGCCCUCCUUACCCCCUUGACUCCAAAGGAAUGAUGAUGGGAUGCAGAUUCCCUGUGCCUCUC